UUUUCCCUGGUGUGGCUGAGGAAUGGUGCGCUUUAAUUCGGCCAGAGUGGGACUUCAUAUUUGUCUACCACCUCUUUGCUGCAAACUACACUGUCCAAAACACGAGCCGAUUAUUUUUAGACAACACUAUUCAGUUAAUGGGCGACGCGGACCUCAUAAUAUUAACCAAAACCCGCCAUAAUAAACGAUUGAGGACAUAUUUAGUUAAGGCUUCGACAAUGUUAUUCAAAUUCGGUAUCAUUCUCACUCCAGAGUCUUCGGAUGUAGAGGUCUUUGUUUUGGGUUCGCGUACGGAAAUGGGCAACUGGGAUCCGAGCGGAGCGGUUGAGAUGAGAGCCUCCCAGAAGCUCCUGUCAACACAUGAACCGUGUCUGUGGAUCGGCGACGUGCAGCUGGCAGAGCCGUUCAAAGACACACUGUGGUUCAAGUUCGUCAAAAGAGUCCGAGGCACUUAUAUCUGGGAAGGGUGUCUUCUUUGUCACCAGGCAGCGGUCCAAGCCAUGACAGAUGUUGUUCAUAUGAUGAGAGGAACAUGGUGGAUGGAGUGUACUUCCAUCCGAUUGGUCACUGGAUAGAGGAAACAGGACACACAGAUGAGAUGAAACACACCACCAACUUUUACUUUAGUGUGGCUGGUCAGAAGGCCAUUCAUUUCUCCAGGGUGCUGCCACGUAUUUGGCUGGGCAGCUGCCCUCGACAGGUGGAACAUGUGACUAUAAAGAUGAAGCAUGAAUUGGGGAUUACUGCAGUGAUGAACUUCCAGACAGAGUGGGAUGUGGUGAACAACUCCAAUGGCUGCAGGCGCAACCCUAGGGAAGCCAUGACCCCGGAGACCAUGAUGCAUUUGUACAAAGACUGUGGCCUUGUGUAUGUGUGGAUACCCACACCUGACAUGAGCACUGAUGGUCGGAUCCGGAUGCUUCCCCAAGCUGUAUUCUUGCUUCAUGGUCUCUUGGAGAAUGGUCACACUGUCUAUGUUCACUGUAACGCUGGAGUAGGCAGGUCGACAGCAGCUGUGUGUGGCCUGCUUAUGUACGUCCUUGGCUGGAGCCUGAGGAAGGUGCAGUACUUUGUUGCAGCCAGAAGGCCGGCAGUGUACAUAGAUGAGGAGGCUUUAGUCCAGGCUCAGGCAGACUUCAUUCAGAAGUUUGGACAACUCCGAUCAUCCAUCUCUUAUCCAGAGACAUGAGACAUUGAGUGUCCUAAUAAUGAAGUCAUACAGUUAUGGAAAGCUUUACUGGACUGGACUCCUUUAAACUACAAUGAUUCGUGACAAUGUGUGAAAAAAAAAAAAUACUGUAUAGUCAGUGUGAGAGGUGCCAGAAGGUGAAAUAAGCUGUGGCAAGCAAAUUAACUUCUUUCUACUUAAAUCUAAUGUAAGUAAAUGACCCAUUUCAGCUGAGUGGCUUUUGAAAUCUGGUUGAGCCCCAAGUAUCUGGAGAGAGUUCCUCUGGCUGACAGCAUAGAUGUUCCAAGCAAUUAAUCCUACUGUGAUAGGUGUUAGCUUUUUUUAGAAGGAAAAAAAAAUUCCUUUCUUCUUUUGGAAAGAGCUCUUAAUGCUGCAUGAAAAUAACACUCCUUGCCAAAGCAACAAAUCAAUUCUUAAAACCAAAAUAACAACAAUGCCUCUCUCCCUCUGUCAGAGAGGUAUUCAGCUCCCAGACAUUGAAGAAUACAGCUCCGCCCCAUCUCUCUCAGAGGGCUUGAUAGCAUUUCAUCUUUAUUUAUUUAUACGACAGAUGCUAUUCCGACCCAUCUCCCAAAUAACAAAAACAACAUCCCUGCCAGACCAUUUUAAUGCAUACCUAAGACGAUUAUUGGAAUAGUGUUUGUUGUUAAUUGUGAAUGUCUGCCUCGAUUUCUGUUAAGGAUAUAUUGCUUUUUUAAGAUAGUGUUUUGCUAUAUCAUGUCCCUGAUUUAAGAUAAUUAGUGGAUUAGAGAGGAGGAAAUACUUUACUUCUCAAGCACAAGUCAUAUUUUAAUUACCUUUCAGUGAGUCCCUUCAGAACACAGCACUUUAUGAGGGUGUCAGUGGAGAUGGGUGGGUAGAUCGAACAAUGCACAUGUUAGCGGAAGCAAAUCAUUGUGGAUUUUUAAAAUGUUUAAAAAUAUUAACAUAAAAUCUGAAUAUGAAAUGAGUAACAUGCUUUGUUCUUACUGGUUUGAGGAAUAGUAUGUCUGUGUGUACAGUACUGUAUGUGAAUGAGUGCAGGGGUUUGUCACUUAAUGGAUGCCCAUGUAAUGUUUUAUUUAUUCCACUGGGUUAUUGCCAGUGAUUGAUGUUAUAAAGUAUUUGUAGUCAACAUGAUUUCCAGGAUCUGACAAUCACCUACACCGAUUUCCCCGGAUCCUUGCAUUCCUUGUCAAUUUGCAUUUAUUGUAUAUACAAUAUUAGAAACCAACAACAUAGUUUGACCUGCUGAAUUGAGAUUAAAGAUAUAAUAACUUCA